AUGGACGCAGCCGUUGAUGCCAUGACGAAAAACUAUGGGUUUCCUGAGGAAAUUGUGAAGAGGGUAGCAAAAGAGCUGCUCAAAGAGUAUGAGGGAGAUCAAGGAGAUGAGGGCUGGUUUUUCAUCGAGGACUGCUCUUACCAAGUAUUGGUUGACGCGCUUUUGCUGGAUCAAGAGCUAAAUGAUCGGCACGAUGCUCCCCCUAAUCAGAAAGAGGAUGCUUUGCCACAGAAUAUCUCUUUGCAAGAUGAAAGGGCUGCAGAACAUGCUUUAGCAGAGCCCUCUGGUGUAGUUUCGGAAGCCAAUUGCUCUAAGGUUGUUGAGAAUAAAUUGGAGGCAAACACCAAAGAAGAUGCAGACCGGCUUCCAUCAAGUGGCAGGGACGGAAAAGGCUGGAAAGACAUUGGCUUGGAUCAGUCUUCAAGUGAGAAAGGGAGGGCUGCUGGCAUUUCUGACAACGAUGAGAUAGGUGGCUCCAGUCAGGAUUGUGCAAAUAGUGUAAUACUCACCCCUCCGUCUCUGACUCCUACAACACCAGGAGGUAGUAGUGUUUCAAGCCCACCUGAAAACUGUCCAGUGCUCUCUCCUUUUCCUAAGAUCUCACCUCCAAAUGUUAAGCGCGUUCAGAGCAAAAGGCGUCAGCCAUGUAAUGGAUGGAUAUUUGAGAGUGAUGAAGAGGAGGAUGAGGAUAUGAUAGACCUAAAACCGGCUAUAGAGUGGGAAGAUUUGAGUUGGGGAACUGUUAAGAAGGCAAAGCGAAGGUCAAGAUGGGACUGGAGACCUGAGGAUAUCUGAGUCUCGCUGUACCUCCCUCCGUGUGUUGUUUCAUGGUUUCCCUGUGCUACUGUUAUUUAAGAGGUGCAUCUGAUAUAACAAACCUUCUUCUUUUUUU